UGUUGGUUUCCCUGCUCCUGCUCCUCGCCAUGUCCUUCCCCAAGGCCCCGCUGAAGCGCUUCAACGAGCCUCCCGGCUGUGCCCCACCUCCGGGAUCCUACGAUGUUAAAUCUUCAGAAGUCUCGAAAGGACCUGUAUCCUUUGAGAAAUCACAACGAUUUAGAAAGCAAAAAGCAACUUUCGUGGGAAGCCAACAAAGUCUUAACAGUGAUAAAGACACCGCUUCACCCCCGACUGCAAGAAAACAUAGGUUUUUAGACUCACAGAAAAAAACUCAGAAGGACAUUAAAGAUCUCAAAAGGCUGAAGAUGCUUGAAAAAGAGAUUCGUGAUCUGGUAAAAGAACGUGGCAUGCAGGACAAGCGUCACCAGGAUCUAGAAGCUGAGUUUGAGAAGACGGAAGCCAAGCUAAAUGCAGCCGUCAGGGAGAAAACAUCUCUCUCUGCAAAUAUUGCUUCACUAGAAAAACAGCUCAUGGAACUAACUAAAGCGAACGAGUUUCUGAAACUAAAGUUCUCAGACGAUGGGACCCAGAGGAAAAUGAGCAGUCUAAGUAUGGAAGUAAUGAAACUGAGGAGCAAGAUGGAAGCCAAGAACAAGAGUGCUGCUGCCAAGCAAGAGGACAUGGAAAUGAAGCUGCAGUUGGCUCAGAGGAAUCUCCAGCAAACACAAGGAAUAGUGGCACAAAUUGAGGAAAAACUUUUAAGUACCGAGAAAGAAAUAGUAGAAGAAAAAUCCGAUACAGUGAAACUUUUGGACUAUAUUGAACAAAUCAGCAGUUUAGGUGAAAGGGAGAAAUAUAAGGAAGAUAUUUUCUAUUUUGAGGAGAUUUUCAAGGAAAAGAAUCAUGAACUUUCAAUCCUGAAAAAUUCUCUUGAAGAAAAGGAUUGCGCGUUAUCCAGGAAAAUGAAAGAACUGACUUCUGCGUGUCAGCUGCUUGAACAGGAAAAUGGACGACUUAUUGCUGAACACAAAGAACGAGAACAUAACCUAACUGCGUCGCUCCAGAGCCUGAAAGAGAAAUUACAACUCGAACAAGAACACAAAAAACUGCAGCAGGAACAGGAGCACGGUUUAAGUGCCGAGGUACACAGCUUGAGAGAGAAAUUACUGCUAGAACAACAAGAAAACAAAAAACUGCAGCAGGAACAAGAUCACAGAUUUAGCACCAAGAUACAAAGCUUGAAAGAGAAAUUACAACUACAACAGCAAGAGCACGAAAAACUGCAGCAGGAACAGGAGGACUGUUUCAGUGCCGAGAUACAGAGCUUGAAAGAGAAAUUAAAACUAGAACAACGAGAACAUGAGAAGCAUCAGCAGGAGCAGGAAAGCAGUCUAGGUGCCAAGAUACAGAGCUUGAAAGAGAAAUUAAAACUGCAAGAAGAAGAACAUGGAAAACUGCAGCAGGAACAGCAGCACAGUUUUCGUGCCGAGAUACGGAGCUUGAAGGAGAAAUUAAAACUAGCACAGCAAGAGCAUGAGAAACAUCAGCAGGAGCAGGAAAGCAGUCUACUUGCUGAGAUACAGAGCUUGAAAGAUACAUUAAAGCUACAAGAAGAACAUGAAAAACUGCAGCAGGAACAGAAGCACAGUUUAUGUGCGGAAAUACACAGCUUGAAGGAGAAAUUAAAACUGGAACGAGAAGAGCAUGAGAAAAAUCAGCAGGAGCAGGAAAGCAGUUUAGGCGUUGAGAUACAGAGCUUGAAAGAUAAAUUAAAACUGCAAGAAGAACAACAUGAAAAACUGCAGCAGGAACAGAAGCACAGUUUAUGUGCGGAAAUACACAGCUUGAAGGAGAAAUUAAAACUGGAACGAGAAGAGCAUGAGAAAAAGCAGGAGCAGGAGAGCAGUUUAGGCGUUGAGAUACAGAGCUUGAAAGAUAAAUUAAAACUGCAAGAAGAAGAACAUGAAAAACUGCUGCAGAAACAGAAGCACAGUCUACGUGCAGAAAUACACAGCUUGAAGGAGAAAUUAAAACUGGAACGAGAAGAGCAUGAGAAAAAGCAGGAGCAGGAAAGCAGUUUAGGCGUUGAGAUACAGAGCUUGAAAGAUAAAUUAAAACUGCAAGAAGAACAACAUGAAAAACGGCAGCAGGAACAGAAGCACAGUCUAAGUGAGGAAAUACACAGCUUGAAGGAGAAAUUAAAACUAGAACGAGAAGAGCAUGUGAAAAAUCAGCAGGAGCAGGAAAGAAGUUUAGGCGUUGAGAUACAGAGCUUGAAAGAUAAAUUAAAACUGCAAGAAGAAGAACAUGAAAAACUGCUGCAGAAACAGAAGCACAGUCUACGUGCAGAAAUACACAGCUUGCAGGAGAAAUUCAAACUAGCACAGCAAGAGCAUGAGAAACAUCAGCAAGACCAGGAAAGCAGCCUAGGUGCUGAGAUACAGAGCUUGAAAAAUACAUUAAAACUACAUGAAAAAGUGCAGCAGGAACAGGAGCACGGUCUGCGUGCAGAAAUACAGAACUUGAAGGAGAAAUUAAAACUAGAACAAGAAGAGCGUGAGAAACUGCAGCAGGAGCAGGAAAGCAACCUAGGUGCUGAGAUACAGAGCUUGAAAGAAAAAUUAAAACUACAGGAACAAAAACAUGAAAAACUACAGCAAGAACAAACAGAAACUGGCUUACUCCUGCAACGGGAGAAGGAUUUGUGUUGUGGCUUGCAAAAAAAUCUACUUAAACUUCAAGAGGAGAUGAUUAACGAGAGAAGCCUUUUGGAAGAAGAAUUGAAACAAGCAUUAGAUGAGCUAGAUAAAUUACAACAGAAAGAAGAACAGGCUGAAAACCUAAUAAAGCACUUGGAACAGGAAAUGAAGCUGAAAAUCAAAGAGCUAGAACACUUAGAAGAAAAGCUAAAAAGGAAAAUGGAGAAAGAGAAUACUUUUGAAGGGCUAACAGAAGAAAUAAAAACAUGGCGUUUCCUUUAUGAAGAACUACACAAUAAAACCAAGCCCUUUCAGCAACAACUAGAUGCGUAUGAAAAAGAAAAGAAUGCUUUACUGAAUGAACAUGGUGCAGCCCAGGAAGAGCUAACUAAAUUAAGCGACUCAUAUGCCAAAUUAUUGGGUCAUCAGAAUCAAAAGCAGAAAAUCAAACACGUCAUGAAAUUGAAAGAAGAAAAUAGCCAGCUUAAGUCGGAAGUUUCCAAAUUGCGUGCUCAGCUGGUAAAAGAAAAGGAAGCUGAGAAGAAACUUCAAGAACAACUGAAUGAAGCAAAGGGUAUAAGGCGGUUUGACCCUGCCAAAGCUUUUCAACACGACAGUAAAGAAAAUGUUGUUCCUAAAAUGCCUUUAAAAGAAAGUAAGAUAAAUUACUGCUGAUUUCCUGUGGAUUUCCUAAAAUCGAGGAGAAUUUCACGACAAGCCGAGCACAGUUUUGUCAUUCUUAUGAAUAUAUGCAAGUGGGUAUAUAUAAAUUCUACACAUGUGUGUCUAUUAUCUUUAUACAUUUGAUAUAUUUGAGAACAAUAGCACUAUAUAGUGGAUAAGAUUUACCAAAAGAGUAAAUUGCCAGCCUGAGUUCUGGCCACAUCCUCCGGAGAGUUUGUUAAUACGUCCAUUCCGUGAGUGUACUGUCUGCUAAUAUUGCAACUUUGGUGGCUGCAGUCUGAUGAACAGCGUACUGAAAUAGGCUAGAAGGAUGAUAAUCAGUGUAUUCACUAUUAUGUUGAAAUGGUGUUCUUCAGAUUCAGGGACUAACAUAGGCAGUUAUCAUCACGGUGUUUGUGAUAAUGAUUUAAUCAAUAUUAAAACCGAUCAGUUGUAAGAAAGCUUUGUAUUUUGAUAAUUAAAAUUGUAUUGAAUACAAAAUAUAAUACCAUUCAGACCUUGUACUUUUAUACACCAUGCUACUACUAAUCCUUCAUUUAAAUAAGGUAUUGACAUUAAUUUAUCAGGGGGAAAUUUUUAUUUUGUCUCCGGGACAGCUGUUUAUUUUGGUUUUGUUAUUUUAUCCAAAUGAGAAUAUGUGGGGUUCCUAUUUAGGCAGUUAACUUUCUCUCUAUUUUUCCCCAGUGAGCAUUUUAAUGGUAACUAAAAACAUGGACUUGAAAGCAAUGUUUCAUAGAAAUUCCCUCCAGUGUUAGAAAUGAUAGAAGUUCUCAGUUUGCGUUGCUCAUCGUGACCUAUUAAAGUCGGCCUUAUUUCCACGCUGCAUAUUUUAAUGUUUUUAAAGGUUUUUUUAAAAAACAAAGUAAUUAUAAUUAAUAUACACCUGCAAUUUUCUGUCCAGAGCUGUGACAACCUCCUUUUGGUAGGGAAUUUAAUAUAAGAAUAAUUUAGUUCAUUGGAUGGAAACAUGUUCCCAUGAAGCUUUUUUCAUGAAAACUCACUUUUGCAUGAGAGAAGAGAUCUGUUGUGCUUGAAUUUUGGGUUACAGUCUCAUAGAAUUUCACAUUUACCCUUGUUCCUAGCGAAGGAAUAAAAGGAUUCUGCUGCAACAUGUAAGAUUGUGGGUUCUAAAUGUCAAAAAAUUCCAGUCUCCAGGUUUUUCCUUUUGUCUUCUCCAAACCCUUGUACCCAACUGCUCUGGCUAAUAAAUAAACAUUCCUCUGGCAAAACGUGUAAAAUGUCAUUUUAUCUUCAUGUGGUUAUGGAAAAUUUAAACAUUUCUUUAAGAUGUUGCAAUAAACACCAUUUUAUUUAAAUACUACAAGAAUGGUGUGAAUUUUACAGCUCUGCCAUGUAAAUUUUACAGCUCUGCCAUGUAAAUUUUCUCUUGGAAUUACUUAGUUCUCAGACUUGGGGAAAAUACUGGGGAGAUGUGUAAAGGGGCUUUCAUCACAUAGUGAAAUAAUUAUAAAAUCACAUGACUUCUCUAGCCCAGAAGGUAAUUAUUUGGCUAAUUGGAUGAGUGCUGUUGAUUUACAGGCUGUGAUACAACUGGUUUAUGAGGGUUAUAAACAGGGGGCUGUUGGUAAAUUAGUCCGUUACAAGUUAGGAUCCAUUCCAAAACCUCUAGAAAAAUAAUCAUGUAAUUCCUUUAUGUGGUAUACACUUUAAAGAUGGAAAAGUUUCCAACUAUU